AUGCAAGCAUUGUGCUCCCCAAAGAACUGGGAGGCAAGGUCGUGGUCUGGAGAGGUAGACGGCCAUCAGGAGCUCCAUGCAAUCUCUGGCUCACUCGAUCGAGCUUGCGGCUCCUCUUCUUCAUCCUCAAAGUGGGUGUGGCUUCCUUGGCCUUGGUGGAGCUGGCUCGCUCGAACGGUUGUAGGGGUCCAGGGUCUGAGAAGUCUUGGUAAGGCGUGGAUCGUACUCAAAUCCCGGAUUCUCAAACUGGGGCUCCUCCAGGUCAACUCGACCCUCAGCUCGAUCGAGUUGAGUUUCCUCUGUUUGGACUCGAUCGAGUCCGGUGGUCGAGCUGGAGCGUCUGGCCUUAACUCUUCCUCCUCUUCUGUUUGCUAG